AUGUCGACCAACGAAACUUCAACCGGCCAGUCCUACCUGGACAAGGCUGUAGGCGCCGUUCAGAGCGGUAUUGGGUCGCUGACUGGUAACACUGCGGACAAGACCCAAGGCGAAGCCCGCAAAGACCUCGCAGACUCAAAACACAACCUCUCGCACACAGCUGCAAAAGCCGGCCCCUUCACCGCCACCCCCGAAGGCGGCAUCGCCCAAGACUCACCCGACCGCACCAGCGGCGCCUGGAACCAAAACGUCGGCGCCGCCAAAGAAGCGCUUGGCGGGUUCCUCGGCGCAGAGGGGCUCAAGCAAGAAGGCAUUCGCCAGAAUAAAGAGGGCAAAGGACAGGAAGCUGCAGGUCAGGUUAAUGAUCUCGGAAAGGGAAUUGGGGAUCGUGUGGGGGGCAAUAUUGGGGCUGCGGUUGCGGGAUUGACGGGGAAUGAGGCGCAGAAGGAGGAGGCGAGACGGCAGCACGAUGAGGGCAAGGCGAGGCAGAGAGGGGUCGAGGCGGAUUUGCAGAAGCAGGCCGAGGCGGAGCGGGCGUGA